AUGGUGACACUGGACCGAGAAACCUUGUCCUGUUCGAUCUGUCUGGAUCUACUGAAGGAUCCGGUGACUAUUCCCUGUGGACACAGCUACUGUAUGAAGUGUAUUAAAAACUUCUGGGAUGAAGAGGAUCACAAAGGAAUCCACAGCUGCCCUCAGUGCAGGAAAACUUUUCUACCGAGGCCUGAGCUGAGUAAAAACACCAUGUUAGCAGCUUUAGUGGAGCAGCUGAAGAAGACUGGACUCCAAGCUGCUCCUGCUGAUCUCUGCUAUGCUGGACCUGAAGAUGUGGCCUGUGAUUCCUGCUCUGGAAGAAAACUGAAAGCCAUCAAGUCCUGUUUAGUCUGUCUGGCCUCUUACUGUGAGAAACACCUUCAGCCUCAUUAUGAUUCAGCUGCAUUUAAGAAACACAAGCUGGUGGAGCCCUCCAAGAACCUCCAGGAGAACAUCUGCUCUCGUCAUGAUGAGGUGAUGAAGAUGUUCUGUCGUACUGAUCAGAAGUGUAUCUGUAGUCUCUGUUUAAUGGAUGAACAUAAAGGCCACGACACAGUGUCAGCUGCAGCAGAAAGGACUGAGAGGCAGAGAGAGCUGGAGGUGAGACGAGAAAACAUCCAGCAGAGAAUCCAGGACAGAGAGAAAGAUGUGAAGCUGCUUCAACAGGAGCUGGAGGCCAUCAAGCACUCUGCUGAUAAAACAGUGGAGGACAGUGAGAAGAUCUUCACUCAGCUGAUCCGUCUCAUCCAGAAAAGAAGCUCUGAUGUGAAGCAGCAGAUCAGAUCCCAGCAGGAAACUGAAGGGAGUCGAGUCAAAGAGCUUCAGGAGAAGCUGGAGCAGGAGAUCACUGAGCUGAAGAGGAAAGACGCUGAGCUGAAGCAGCUCUCAGACACAGAGGAUCACAACCAGUUUCUCCACAACUACCCCUCACUGUCAGCACUCAGUGAGUCUACACACUCCUCCAGCAUCAAGAUCCGUCCUCUGAGCUACUUUGAGGAUGUGACAGCAGCUGUGUCAGAGCUCAGAGAUCAACUACAGGACAUCCUUUCUCUUUGGAGCAUUGGAGGUUCUGCUGAGUUCUGUAAACCCAAAUAGACAGAAUCCACUGAAGGUUCAGUGAGUUUGAUUCUGGUUUUUAAAUCUCCAGCAGAUUAUUUUCUUGAUUGUUGUUGUUUUAUGUCUAAACUGCACAGAAAUCAAUAGUCAGAGAUUGUCAGCACUUGUUUUUCCUCAGAAUUGAUGUUCUGGUUCUGUUGGGUUUGUUUAUUUCUCAACAUUGUUUUCUAAACCAGCUUAUCAGCACCAGAAUAUUUGCUGUUUUCCCUCCUUGUUGCUUUUAGCAGCAAAAACUGUGAACUCAGCAAUAAAAUGUCAAAUGAUUCCCCAGGUUUAAAAAGUGGAACCGGUUCUUUGAUCCGGUUCUGGUUUGGACCCGUUUUGUUGAGUCCAGACACACAUGACACAACAGAUAUCAUCUAAUAUUGUAAAUUUGUCAUCUGAGAAUUAUCAUAUUUUAAUGCUUUAAUAUGUUGAAUAAUUAAUUUAAAACCUAUUUAAGGUAAAUAAUCUCAAAACAACAAAAUCACCACAACUCUAUUUAGUAUUUCAGUAAAAAUGACAAUUCCGCUGUACAAUAUAGUUUUGUAUGAAACUUAAAAUUUACAGGAUGUGUUUAGCAGCAAAAUCUGUAAUAAAGAGAUAUGUCAAUUUAUGGUGUUUUAUUGAAUGAUGUGUUACAGAUUUACACCACAAUGACCUAAAUCUAAUAUUUUUGAUGAACAUUAAUGAGUUUUCAAUAAAUAAAGAUUUUAAGUAUUUAAGUGA